GAUUAUUCUUUAUUCAACUGUUCUCUUAUUUUGCUCGUUUCGUUGACAAAUGUGGAAAGGAAAAUCAGAAACAAAGAACAUUCGCUCUUAAUGGCAUUUCUAAGGUCCACAGCAACAACUACUAGCCUUGCCAUAGCAGCAUCUGCUUUACCUGCAGCUUUCAUCUUCACCAGUCCUCCUUCUGCUUCCCUCCCUUUUCAUUUCCCUCAAUCCUUCAAACCCAAUUCCCUUUCUUUACAUUCUUCUCCAUUUCCAACUCCAAAUUCCUUCGGAUUUAUCAGAAACUUUACCCCUCCACUCUCUGCUGUUCGUAUGGAGAUACCCACUUCGGAAUCAAUCUCUUCCUCUCAGAACAAUGUUGAUUUGCCUGAACUUUUGACGGAGUAUAUGGUGGAUAUGAAAUGUGAGGGCUGUGUUAAUGCCGUCAAGAACAAGUUACAGGGUGUUGAUGGUGUAAAGAGUGUUGAUGUGGACUUGAGUAAUCAAGUGGUUCGGAUAUUGGGCACAACGCCUGUGAAGAUAAUGACUGAAGCUUUGGAGCAGACCGGUCGAAAAGCCCGGUUAAUUGGGCAAGGGGUUCCUGAGGAUUUCUUAGUUUCUGCUGCUGUUGCUGAAUUUAAAGGCCCGGAUAUAUAUGGCGUGGUUCGAUUGGCUCAGGUAAAUAUGGAAUUGGCUAGGGUUGAAGCCAACUUUAGUGGACUGUCACCUGGAAAACAUGGUUGGUCAAUCAAUGAAUUCGGUGAUCUGACAAGUGGCGCUGCUAGCACAGGAAAAAUCUUUGGUUCUGCAGAUUCUAGCCCCACUAAUGAGCCGCUGGGUGACCUGGGAACAUUAGAUUCUGAUGACAAGGGCGAAGCCUUUUUCUCUGGUGUUAAACAGAACCUGCGAGUUUCUGAUCUUAUUGGACGAUCAAUAGCUGUGUAUGAGACCGAAGAUAAAUCAGUUCCAGGGAUUGCAGCAGCAGUAGUAGCUCGAAGUGCCGGUGUCGGAGAGAACUACAAGAAGCUAUGCACCUGUGAUGGAACUACCAUAUGGGAAUCAAGUAACAAUGAUUUUGUUACCAGCAAAGUUUAAUGGUGUCUCUCAAACUAACAAACACACUUAAAACUAGCCUAGCCAUGCAAGGGCAUCUGCUUCACCUUUUCUCUCUGUCUUCCUAAAGAAAGAAGUUAAAUGUCCCAAUUAUGAGGGGCACAUGACUCAUCCUCUUGGUUUUUGUCACAUCAUGUAAUGUUUUGUGUUUUGCUGUGACAGUUUCCUGUUAUGGGCUUCUUUUUGAAGAAUAAAAAGUUCUUAUAUAUGUAUAAUUUGUGAGAAAAUGUUUCAUUUGAUGAAAUUGAUUUUUAACUUCAUUAA